AUGUCUUCUCAGAAGAAUUACGGUGUUGCCAAGGGACUCUGGAAGCAUCCCGUCGAGUAUCACCCCACUGGCUGGGUUAACCCCAACCCUAAAAAGCCUCUUCCUAGUCCUCCUAUCACCGUCUCGAACACCUAUACCUACUCUGGACCUCCCCAGGACAAGUACUUUCAACACCGCCGCACCUUUGUCAUGCGUAUGAUGGAGCAUUGGGGCUGGAAUCCCGACAGCGGCGUUGGACUCGGCAAAGACCUCCAGGGAAUCACCGACCCUAUUGCCAUUCAGUCUCACAACAGUACUGGACUGGGAAUGGUUUUGGUUGACCGUACGAGCCGCAAGGCCCAGAAUUGCAAGCGUUUCCUCGUCAUUGACCCGCACAACGUUCGCAUUAUUGAUGCUUUCACUGCUCCUUUCCCUUGGAUCCCUGCCGUCGUCAAGUCCGAUGCUCAGCGUGCUAUUGAACUGGCUAAGUGGGAGGCUGACGCCCCCAAGCGCGCCGCAGUAAUUGCUUCUGCUAAUGCCGUAGCUGGAUCGGGCAAGAUUGUUACUCGCAAGAUUGUGAUGAAAUUUCCUGCUAAGGUUACUAGCGAGUUGCAGUUAGGUAGAUCCCCUGUCGUCAUCACUGCAGUUGUCACCAAGCCUGCUAGUAAGGUGCAGUCAGGUGGAACUGCCAUUGCUGCCAGCGCCACUAUCAGCACCCCCGCUGUCAGCAAGCGCAUUUUCAUUAAGCCUAUUGACAAGAUGCAGUCGGGAGGAACCUCAACUAUCAAGAAGCCUAUUGGAAAGGUCCAGUCGUAUGGAACCCAUGUUAUUAACAAGACUGCUAGCAACGUGCAGUCGUGGGGAGAUCCAGUUGUCGCCAAGGUCAUUGUCAGCAAGCCUGCCAGCAACACUAAGUCUUGGGGAGACCCCAUAGUCACUAAGCCCGAUGCCAGCAAGGUGCAGUCGGGAGGAACCCCUACUAUCAAGGAGCCCGUUGGAAAGGUUGUAAGCAGCCCUAUUCUUGUCGACAAGAAGAUCAGCCUGUUUGAUGAUCCUGUAGGAGCGGAUGGACUCCCUCUGGCUUGGAACGGGCUUAAAGUUUUCUUCCCUGAUCAGUUCAAGUAG